AGUUUAGACCCCAACUGAGUUCCCCCUUCAAAAAAAUGUAAACGUUUGUUUACAACGUUUACAUUGUACAUUGUUGGUCGGGGCCCCCUAGCGGCCGGGGGCACUAGACAACCACCUAUAUCAUGUAUGCCUAGGGCCGGCCCUGGUUUUCAGUGGGAGUGAGCAGCUGCCAUUCAGCAGGCACUGAGGAGUACUGACUGCAACAAACGCGCAACUGCAGAUGAAGGAAGGAAGGGAGGGAGUGAGUGGGCGAGUUAAUAUAGCAGCGGUCCCAAAUACAACACAUUCACACUCUUCGUGGGUGUGUGUUUGUCCACACAGAGCUAGAACCACUGCAUUCAAUAAGCAUUCAAACGGAGAAGGGGAGAGGGAAACACUGGUACUUAUCUGAACAAGCUCCCACACAUGCUGAGGGGCCGAGGCCAUUCCCACUGGCGAUAUUACUGCAGUAGAUUGCUUUGACGCCAGCAGCAAGACAUACGCCAUGCGGCAGAGACGCGUCGCAUUUGUCGCUGGUAAAAAGCUACUGGGGCGCCUAUUUACCACCCCCCGCUGUUAUCCUUAUUUUGUUUCGGUUUAUCGCACUGUGCUCUGCUGAGAGUGUGAGUUCGGCACCUUGCGUUCGUCAUCCAGUGUAUUUUGUCCGCUGCUUGAAACUGACAAACAUUGUUCCUUGACGCGCCCGAAACGUCUGCAGAGGUGGAGGAGACGCCAGGGAGCGGUUGUUGUGGAGCAGGUUUGGAUAUUUUGCGAUAAAUGCCACUCAGCCAGAACGUGCAGUCGUCUGUGAGCACGCUGUCGCCGAGGUCGAUAGACUGCUGCUUCACAAAUCGGAUUUUUUACACUGAUCUUUUAAAAUCAUGAUUUGACAAAUGGGUUAAUUAUUUCCAUGCAAGAGCCUACUACGAAGACAGGUCAAUAGAAGUACGCAUGGAUGCUUGUAUAAUGUAGUCACACAACGAUAGUUCCUGCAGAGGUAUUCAGUUCAUAUCAAUAACCAUCGAAGAAAGCAUUUUUUGCGGUAUUGUAUCAAAAUGCCGGCGGGAAUGAAGCCCCUGGAAAAGUUUUUGAAGAAACAGACAACGGCGCUCACAAGAGCUGGUGGCUUUGGGGAGAAGGCGACUGGCACUGGCGCUUCUCGGCGGCGAGCCAGCCUGUCUCGGGUGGUUCCGUUUUUCAGGGAGACUUCUCCAGAGAGCGGUCCGGCCAGGGAGGUGUUCAGCCCGGACACUGAGGAAGCACCUUGCUGGCCCUCGGCCACUGCGGACAUUAGGAGCCCGUCGCUGUCUAGCGAUGAGCAAAGCUCCGAGGCGAGUCUGGACACGAGCUGGACCCCGCUGCCUGCGGACACACCGGACAACCUGGCGCUGGCGCUCCUGGACAGUGUGGCGGGCAAACGAUAUGGCAACUGCACAGAAACACUCCUGGAUGACUUCAUGUUGACACACCCCAUCUUCCUGGCAUCGGACAGGUUCCAGCAGGUCCUACUCCAGCAAUUUGGUGUCGAGGGGAAGGCAGGGGAGGGCUGGCCCAGCUGGGACGGGGCAGAGAGGAAGCAGGCUGUGCUGAGUGUUGCCUUCCGCUACCUGGACACAUACAGAGAACUGCUGCAGGAAGAGGGCGAGAGGUCCAACAGCUUCCCCAAGGAGCUGUAUCUGUGUGCAGUCCAACAACUCAGUCAGUUCCCUGAGCUCGUGGAAGACGUGCU